ACCGGCAGGAGCUUUGGUGAUAAAGACUUUCGGACAGGGUUAGAAAAUGGAAUCCUUCUCUGCGAGUUGCUGAAUGCUAUAAAGCCAGGACUUGUUAAAAAGAUCAAUAGAUUGCCUACCCCCAUUGCAGGAUUGGACAAUAUCAUCUUAUUCUUGAGAGGUUGUAAAGAGCUCGGCCUUAAAGAAUCUCAACUUUUUGACCCUAGUGACCUACAGGAUACAUCCAACAGGGUAACAGUCAAGAGCCUUGAUUAUAGUAGGAAGCUGAAAAACGUGUUAGUGACCAUCUACUGGCUGGGGAAAGCAGCGAACAGCUGUGCGUCGUAUAGCGGGACGGCGCUGAACCUGAAGGAGUUCGAAGGCUUGCUGGCUCAGAUGAGGAAGGAGACUGAUGACAUUGAGAGUCCUAAGCGAAGUAUCCGAGACAGUGGCUACAUCGACUGCUGGGACUCUGAGCGCAGUGACUCGCUGUCUCCGCCUCGGCACGGCCGAGAUGAUUCCUUCGACAGCCUGGAUUCCUUCGGCUCGCGCUCCCGGCAGACGCCUUCGCCAGAUGUAGUCCUCAGGGGCAGCAGCGAUGGGAGAGGAAGCGACUCGGAAUCGGACCUGCCACAUCGGAAGCUGCCGGAUGUGAAGAAGGAUGACAUGUCUGCCAGGCGGACUUCUCAUGGUGAGCCGAAAUCAGCAGUGCCUUUUAACCAGUACCUCCCGAACAAAAGCAAUCAGACGGCCUAUGUCCCCGCUCCUCUGAGAAGGAAGAAAGCAGAGCGAGAGGAAUAUCGCAAGAGCUGGAGCACCGCCACCUCCCCCCUGGGUGGGGAGAGGCCCUUCAGAUACGGUCCGAGAACCGCUGUGUCUGAUGACGCAGAGAGCACCAGUAUGUUUGACAUGCGGUGUGAGGAAGAGGCUGCAGUGCAGCCGCACAGCAGGGCCCGCCAGGAGCAGCUGCAACUGAUAAAUAACCAGCUGCGGGAAGAGGACGACAAAUGGCAAGAUGACCUGGCUCGUUGGAAGAGCCGCAGAAGAAGUGCUUCUCAGGACUUAAUCAAGAAAGAGGAAGAAAGGAAAAAAAUGGAGAAAUUAAUGGCUGGAGAGGACGGGACAAGUGAACGAAGGAAAAGCAUCAAAACCUACAGAGAAAUUGUUCAAGAAAAAGAGAGGAGAGAGAGGGAGCUGCAUGAGGCCUACAAGAACGCGCGGUCCCAGGAGGAGGCAGAGGGGAUCCUUCAACAGUACAUCGAGAGGUUCACCAUCAGCGAGGCUGUUCUGGAACGCUUGGAGAUGCCAAAAAUCCUGGAAAGAAGCCAUUCAACAGAGCCAAACUUAACCCCCUUCCCAAACGACCCCAACCCCAUGAAAUACCUGCGGCAGCAGUCACUGCCUCCACCCAAAUUCACUGCCACUGUGGAAACCACCAUCGCUCGUACCAGCGUCCUGGAUACCAGCAUGUCCGCAGGCAGUGCGUCUCCAAGCAAAACUGUCACUCCCAAAGCAGUGCCUAUGCUGACACCCAAGCCUUACUCCCAGCCCAAAAACUCUCAAGAGGUUCUAAAGACCUUUAAGGUAGAUGGGAAAGUCAGCAUGAAUGGAGAAGCGGUUCAUGGUGAUGAAGUGGAAAAGGAAAGAGAGUGUCCCACAGAUGCACUUGCCGCCUCGUUGACCAAGUCCCAGAUGUUCGAAGGUGUGGCCAGAGUGCACGGGGGCCCCGUGGAGCUGAAGCAGGACAACAAUAGCAUUGAGAUCAACAUACAGAAGCCAAACUCUGUUCCCCAAGAACUGACGGCAACCACGGAGGAAAUGGAACCAAACAGCCAAGAAGAUGAGAAUGAUGGUGAAGAACCACAAGAAGGAAAUACAGAACUUGCCUCAUCAGAGCCACAGCAUUUCACCACAACGGUGACUCGCGCCAGCCCGACCGUGGCCUUGGUCGCGUUCCCCUCCAGCGCCCCGCUGACGAACCAUGUGCCGGAAGAAAAAGGCCAGAAGAAACCGGGAGCUGAGCUGAGCGGGAAGGUGGAGUUGGUGCUGUCACAAAAGGUGGGAAAGCCAAAAUCUCCAGAACCAGAAGCAACCCUGACCUUCCCACUUCUGGACGAAACGCCUGAAACCAAGCAGUUACACUUGCCAAAUCUCAGUUCUCAAGUGGAUUCUCCAAGCAGUGAGAAGUCACCUGCAACUACACCAUUCAAGUUCUGGGCAUGGGACCCAGAAGAGGAGCGCAGGCGGCAGGAAAAAUGGCAGCAGGAGCAGGAACGUCUCCUCCAGGAGAGAUACCAGAAGGAGCAGGACAAGCUGAAAGAAGAGUGGGAAAAAGCCCAAAAGGAGGUGGAAGAGGAAGAACGCAGAUACUAUGAGGAGGAGCGCAAAAUAAUUGAAGACACUGUGGUUCCAUUUACUGUUUCUUCAAGCUCUGCAGACCAGCUGUCUACAUCCUCCUCUCUAACUGAAGGCAGUGGGGCAGUGAAUAAGAUGGACCUGGAAAACUGUCAUGAAGAAGAACGAGAGACAAGACAGAAGAGAGCAUUCCAGGAGGACAACAAUGACUUGUUGCUUCCGACCAGGGAAGGUGACCGACAGGAGGAAACGGGCAGCCUAACUCAGGGGGCCCUGAGUGAUUCUGAGAAUCCCGUGUCAAAAGGAACCCACGAGGCCGAUCAGCUGGAUACAGAAGCUGGGGCCCCCCACUGUGGGGUGAACCCUGAGCUAGCUCAGGAUCCAUCCCAGAAUCAGCAGGUAUCUAACCCGACAAUGAACACUUUAGAAGAUGUGAAGCCAAAAACCCUCCCGCUCGAUCAAAGCAUUAACCAUCGGAUUGAGUCGCCAAGUGAAAGGCGGAAGAAAAGCCCUCGAGAGAACUUCCGGGCGGGACACUUGUCCCCCUGUCCGCCCACCCCUCCUGGCCAGUCUCCCAACAGGUACAAGAGGUCUAUCAGUGGGAAGAAGCUGUGCUCUUCCUGUGGGCUCCCCUUGGGGAAAGGAGCUGCGAUGAUCAUCGAGACCCUCAAUCUCUAUUUUCACAUCCAGUGCUUCAGGUGUGGAAUCUGUAAAGGACAGCUCGGAGAUGCAGUGAGUGGGACGGAUGUUAGGAUUCGAAACGGUCUUCUGAACUGUAAUGAUUGCUACAUGCGAUCCAGAAGUGCUGGCCAACCCACAACAUUGUGACAUGGUUUUCAAGAUCCCAGAUCACUCACCAUUUAUUUCUGGAGAGUGUCCCCUGGCAGUCAGUCAUUCAACAGAACCCCACGUUCAGGGGCUUCUCAGCAUUCAUCUACUUUCUGAAAGGCUCUUCUACAAGGUGGUAUCUGUUCUUUUAUAGCACAGUGUUUGUGUUUUCCCUGGUUUUUUUUUUUCUUCUUCUUCUUUUGCAUUUGCACAGUAUAUACAAAAGAAUAUUGAAUGGCAAUGAUUCUGACUAGUUCAAAGAAGGUCUUAGCAUGAUCAAACAGACUUAUGGCUUAAAAUGUGUUAUUCUCUUCUUUGGGGAGUUAAUGAGAUACAGAUGAUUCAAUAAACCUGUUUGUUUUAGUAUUUCUAGAAAUUAAAUACUUUGUGUUUACAAAACUGAGCUGCAGAAAGUGCAAGACAUGCCAAUUGGAGAUGUGUGGUCUUUAAAGACGGAGCUUACAAUUAAUGCAUUUCAGAAACUAAACACCACAGCAUAUGGCUCUGAGCUAUAACUUGUUUUUAAUGCAGAGACACUAGUUGGAUAAUGUAUACUGUAAUCCUGAAACAUUUGUGUUACUUACCUUUGGAGGUAGAAGUCAUAAAUUAUUGCACCGUUAAUACUAGGUUUUGUAUCCUUUGAAGGUUGUAUCAUUGAUAGAGUCUGGUCCAUCAGAUAAAGACAACCCUUGCAGUAUCAGCUAGACUUACACUCUGGACAUUGCCCAAGGGUAGGGAAAUAUUGUAGCCAUCAUUUCCAAAGUUAUUACCAAAAUAUGUGAGGAAGUUUGAUCUUCAGAAGAGUGGCAGGCCCAUCUAGCCACGAGGGCUCUGUUGCUUGCUUCUCUUCAGACUCUACAUUCAAUGAAGACUUGGUAUAAGGCACACAGAAACUUGCAUCAAGAUGGGUCCUUCAGUUAAGUGAGACCACUGCUCAGCCUUGCCUGCGAGUUCUCCUUAGGGGCCUGAAACACAGGUGUCUAAAGCAUUAAGUUCAUCCUCAUAGAAUCCAAAUGACAUGUGAUGUGAUAAACCACUGGUGUGUGACCAGCAAGAACCUACAUGUCACAUACACGCUACCCACCCUAAUGGACAUCUGCUGGUCCUCAUUCUCCUACAUCACCGACUCUUUACUGUCAGAAUUCUGGCCCUGGCUCAUGGAGACCUUCAGAGAGGAACUCUGGUGGAGAGCUGGUUAUUUUUUGCCCUGUGUGGUGAGUUUCAGCUGGCCAAGAAAGGCAUCCAGUUACUAAAAAGCAUCACGUUUUAAAUCUCCAGGCUGUUUUCUUUAAGACUGGGGAAAGGGGGACUAUUUAUUCUGCCUUAAAAGGAUGGCAAAUAAGUGAAGAUGACAUUUUGUGAAUGUAGACUAUGGAUAUCCUCCUAAUAGGUUAAUGUAGUCAUAAAAGGAGAUCAAGUAGAUGUUACUCUGUUAUGUAAGCAAUAAUGUUUUUCCUGUCUUACUGAGUAUGACUAGCAGUUAUUUAUUUACAUGCUAGACGGUUCUCUGCAUGCGGGUUCCAUGUAAGUGCAGAAAUUUCCUCGGCCACUGGAAGCAUUUUGACCAUUUUGCCAUCUGGAUGAGCUGUUGUUAGAUUGAAAUUUACACAUCAUAUCAUUAAAAAUUGUGCCUUAGAAAAUGCAAAGCUAUUGCACACAGUGAUGAAUUAUGGAUGCAGUACAUCGAAGAGAGAUGAAGUCACUUCCAAGUUCCCAAGACUUCUCAUGGAAGGGUUUGCUGUUUUACAGGAAUAAAAAAUUUUAAAAAGAAAAAUAGAGAACAUUCAAAAGAAAACGUUUUGAAAAUGUACAGAUUAAGUUCAAUAUUUUGAUUAACCACCUGCAUGUUUUAGUAAAUAUUUUGAUAAUGUGAUGUUUACACUUUGCAUGAUGUUCGCAGAGUACUUUACCAGAAAUAAUGCGCAAAACAUGUACAAUAUGAUCAUUCAUAACCGAUUUUUAUAUAAUACUUUUUACAUGUGGAACUCCAUCCAUUAUGUAGGGAUUCUAUGAAUAUGAAUAUUGCACAUUCUCUUCUGGUUUCACAAACCCAUUUAUACAUAUUUCUUAGUGAGACUCAUUGUACAUGUAUUGAAGCUAGAAUCGAGUCAAGAAAAAUAAAGCCCAUUCUCCAGCUGCGAGAUGUGCUUUUCCAUAAUGAACAAUAGUCACCAGCAGAGAAUAAUCUCCAACAUUUUCUAAAUUCUAAUUGCCAACUGUUUCUAUUUAUAUUUGAUUUAUAUUUCAUUUGGAGUCUGUUACAUGGCAGCUCAGGCAGACUAGAUCUUGUUUUUCCCAAUGCAGCAUAAUGAGUAUGAUCUAUUUCUUUUCAAAUAAUCUUUGAGAUCCCAGGAAAAAAAAAAUGCUCUGCUCUGUUGAGCUACAAUGUAAAUGUGUUUGCUUAAAAUAACAGAUGAGGCAAGUGAGUGAUUUAUUGUUCCUAAGGAAGUAUAUCUGAUUUUUUUUUCUCAUACUCCAAAAGCUGGUCCCUUCUCUUUCUUAAGAAAACAUGGGUAACUCUGUUUUUCACUAGCAAACUUUCAUGACAUCUCCUCAUUCUUUCUAUGUAGUGUUAUUAAUGCAAUACAUAUUAUAGUUAUCUAUACACAGUGUAAGACUUAACAAACUGAAACGAUCCACCUCAUGUGUGAGUCCGUCCAAAAGAUGUUACUGUUCUGGGUGGGCCAAUGUUCUAUAUCAGUUACACUAACCUUCAUUGAAAAUAUUUAUUCUAAAAUGCCUCUGAGAAAUAGUAAAAAAAUAAAUAAAAAGUUGUCUAAAACACAACAGCUUUUAUAGUAAAUGUACAUUUAUAAAUAAAAUACUCAAAUCAA